AUGGGAACACCGUUCGUGUCCCUCCUGGAGCCGACCCGGCUCGACGCCUACAUACGCGGCGCGCCGCACGACGAGCAGCCGGCGACGAUACCGAAGGAGAUUUGCGACGCCAUGGAGGUGCGCGAAGCCGUCUUCGUCGCCGAACAAGGCGUCCCCGCCGAGAACGAGUUCGACGCCGACGACAGCCGCGCCUGCCACUGGGUCUCGUACGCGUCCGUCAAUAAAGUCGUCGAGCAGGAGGUCCUCGACGACGCCGGCAACGUCGUCCGGCCCCGCCGCAGCAGCACCCGCAGCACGCCCAUCGGGACCAUCCGCCUCGUGCCAUUUCCCCACGCCCCGCACCCCAAGGACGGGGGCGUCUACUGGGACGGGGUGUUGAAGGAGGAUCCGGCGGCAGCGGGGGAGGCUGCGCCGAACGGGGAGAAGAAAGCGGGAGGAGACGAGGAAUCUUCAGAGUCGACGAGCAACCCCGUGGAGGAAAAGGCCGAGAGCGCGGCGGAGCACGUGGGCGAGGAGAGGCGCCUGUCGGCGACCAAAGUCUUUGCGCCGGACCGCGCGACGGCGCUGCACGACGGGCGGGAGCCGUACGUGAAGCUGGGCCGGCUGGCCGUGGUCAAGGAGUUUAGGGGACACCGGAUCGCGAGGCUGCUGGUCACGACGGCGCUGGCGUGGCUGCGUGCGCACCCGAGCUACUUCGAUCCCAGUAUCAAGGAGAUGGGACUCGAGGCGAUCGGGGCGACCAGCGCAGAGGAGGUGCCUAAGUGGAGGGGGCUCGUCUGCGUGCACUCGCAGGCGGCCGUGGUUGGCGCGUGGGAGAAGUUUGGGUUCCGAGUCGACGAGGAGAUGGGGACUUGGUGGGAGGAGGGGAUCGAGCACAAGGGUAUGUUUAUGCGGUUGGAUGUCGAGGAGGAGAAGCCCAUCCUUUGA